CAAUAAUAUUAUUUAAUUUAAUGAUAAUUUGUGAUGAAAAACUGAAGAGUGAAUUUUAAGGAAGGAAAAUAGACGCGGAAUUAUUUUCCCGCGAUUUCAAUACCCACCAUCACUAUCAAGACCUACAUCAUCAUCAUCACAGUCACUAACACCUAGCCUACACCUUUAUUAUGUUUGUCAGAUAUUCUCCUGACUAACAACACUGCAGUUGGAUAUUUUAUGGGUGAUUAAAAGGAAGCUUGUUUUUGUUACAAGUUUUGAUAAGGGAGUAAUAAAUUGGUCAAGGUUAAAAUGUGUGACCAAACUGAGAUCAAGUACGAGGACGAGGAAGUUGUCUGGGUUAAACUUGGCGCUUGCUGGUGGCCUGGACAAGUCCAAGGGUAUGAAAAAUUACCGGAGGAUCUUAAAAUUGAGUUUGAUAAAAAAGGAUUAAUUGCGGCGGUUAAAUUUUUUCAAGAGGAUAAAUUUGAGCUUGUAAGGAACUUGCAACAAAUUUACAAAUACAAUUGUAAAAAAAAGGAUGAAUUUUUAAAGAAAGGAUAUGACAAAUACAGAUCAAAAACAAAAGAAGGUUCCGGUUGGAUGUCAAAAUUCCCGGACGACGUAGCCACCGCCGAGCGACUAACCAACGGCGACCCGGAAAUCCUCAACACCCCAAAAUUUUCCCCAGAAGAGAAGCCCGACAUCUCUUACCUCUUCGGAGGAGACAAAAAGCCUCCUAAGAAGAAAAAAGACAAAGAAGACCGCAAGUCUUUCGGUCCCUCAAGCCCCCAGCGUAAAAUAACCCACCCGCGCUUCCGCGGAAGCAGCGACCACGAAGUCCGCAUCCGAACCAACCAAUACUCCGGCUCGAGCCUGCCCUCUACCCCAGAGAACACCAAUGUCCGAAACUACGACUGUCCCGUUUGCUCAUUCACCUCCACCCGGGUCAACGUCUUAAUAUCCCACGUGCGGAGCCACAAAUCUUCCGGGUACGAGAGUCCUCUUCGUCCUAGAGCUUCUUUGCCCCCCAAAGCUUCCCGGACUCACUCCGGAAACUCUCUAGAGUCUCCCAAGCGCAAGUACGUCCGGAAAACCAAAAGCAUGUCUGCUAAAUCUAAUGAUAAAUCCCCCGGAGAGACUAAUAAGCGUAAGUACAGUAAAAAUAUUGAUAAUAAAAUUGUUAAGAAGAAGAAAACUGAUCCUGAAUUGAGGGAAAAAUUAUUAGCUGAUUGGGAUAUUGGGUCUAGUGAUGAGGAAAUUGAUAAAGAAUCUUUUAAUUCUCCUAAAAAUGAAAAUAAAGAAGAAUUAGAGCCAGAAAAAUUAAAUGAAAAUAAUAAAGAAGAAUUAGAGACGGAAAAAUUAAAAGAUAAUAAUUUAACUGAAGAAAAUGCUCCUAAAAAUAAUGAAAAUAAUUCAAUUAAAUUAAAUGAUGAAAAAUCUAAAUUUUCUUGCUUUGAUUUUGAUGAAGACGAACCCGAGCCACCUGUUACGAUACCUGUUCGAAAACUCGGUCGUGUUUUUGGAGAAAAAACUUCUUUAAAGAAGGAAAUUAUUAAGGAGUUUAAUAAAAGUCAAGAGUUGGAAAAUAAAAGGGACGAAAUGAAUAAAUUAAAUGAUGAUAAUAAAUUAUUAGAAGAAAUGAAUAAAGAAGCUGAUGAUAUUGAUAAUUUAGUUGCUAAAAUAUCUAAAACAACUUCUUUAAAUUCUCCGAAGAGUUUAAAUAAGUUAGAAGAAGAAAAUGAUAAAGAAUUAAAUAAAGAAAUAAGUUUUAAAUCAGGAACUUCAGAUACUUUAAUAUUAAGCUCUAGAUCUGAGUCGGAUUUAAAGUCUGAAGCUUCUGGUUUAUCGGAAGGUCCUGAAUUAUUGGGAGCAGUAGCUUCAGAGUCUGAAAAUUCUAAACAGGAUCAAGAAACUUUAAUGGAGGUUGAUAAUAAAGAAGAAGAAUUGGAAAUCCUUGAAAUAAUUGAAACAGAAGAAAUAGAAGCCGAGAAUAAGUCUGUAGAGGAAGAAGUAGCUUCUAAAAAAUCUCCUGAGAUAAAAAAAGUCAUGCGUUAUUCAGAUUUGGAGCGUGUGACAAUAGAAGAAGAAGAAACUCUGCCAGUUAGGAGUUCUAUUGGUCAAAAAUCGGGGAAUUUGUGCAUGGGCUGGUCGCAAUUGAACGAAAUAAUCGGAAGUUCUUUGGAAAAAAAUAGUGAAACUCCAGCACCGGUUAAAAGAGGGCGUGGACGUCCUCCUAAGCCUAAGAAUUUAAAUUCUUUGGUUAAGGAGGAGGUCACUCCUAAGGUUAAGGAGUAUGAGAGGAAAACGUCGCAAUCUGAGUCUGAUACGGAGAGAUCUUAUUCAGGAAGAAGGAGAAAGCCUAAUAAGAAGUAUUUAGAGGAUGCUUACUCAAGUCCGAGCAGCAGCAGUGGGUUCGCUUUUAAAACUGAUGAUAGUCAGUCUGAUGAGGAAAAAAAGGAGAUUGAGAAGCCGGUGGUGGUUAAGAGGAAGAGAGGAAGGCCGUUGGGGUGGAAGAAGAAUAAGAAUAAUAAAGUUAGUGUUAGAGAACCUUCUGUUGAGUUUGAAAUGAGUGAGACGCUUGAUAGUGUCAGUGAAGAAAUCACUGAGGCUGUGGAGGUUAAGGAGCGGGUUAUUGAUCCUGUUGAUAGUCUGGAGGAGUUUAAGGAGGAUAAGGAGGAUUUUAAGGAGACUAAGGAAGGGAGGGUUCAUUUGACGAAUUUAACUUCUGCGGUGGAAAUUAGGAGUGUUCUUAAGGGAGAUCUGGAGGUUGAGAUUGAUAUUGAGGACCAGAUUGGGCCAGUUGCGCCUGAAGCUACUCCCGUUGAUGAUUAUGAUUCACAGACUCAGGAUCAGGUUGAUAGAGCUAAGUUGAUGAAUGAUCUGGAGGAUGAGGAUGGGAGGGUGGAUAUUUUGCCGCCGAAAAAGUCGCAGAUUAAGAAGUUUGAGCUGUCGCAGAUUGAUGAAUCGCAGAUUGAUUUGGAGAAUGAGAUUAAGAAGCAUGUUGAUGAGGAGGCGGGGGGGUUCAGGGAGGAGAAACCAAAGAUUGAGGGGGAGGAUGAGGAGGAGGAGGAUGGGGAUGUUAUUAUGGAGACUUUUGAGAUUAUUGAGGAUAAAAGUGAGGAUAUUGACAAUUCUGGGCAGGAUGAUGAUAAGAUGGUUGAUAAUAGGGAAGAAGUUGGGGGAGAUAUGGAAAAAGGUGAUAAAGUUGAAGAAGAAAUAGAGAAAAUUGAAGAAAAAAUUGAUAAUAUUGAAGAAGAAAGAGAUAAUAUUGAUAAAAAAAUUGAAGAAGAAAUAGAAAAGAUGAAUAAAAUUGAUAAAAUUGAAGAUGAAACAAUUGAAACAAUUGAAACUGUUGAAACUAUUGAAACUGUAGAAACUGUAGAAACAAUUGAUAAUUCUAACUUAAUAGAAAAAUCUUCAGAAUUAAUUGAAAAUAAUUCUGAAGAAAAAGAAGAUUCUAAAAAAUUAUUAAUUGAAAAUAAUUCUGAAAAUUUAAUUGAAAAUUCGGAAAAUUCAGAAAAUUUUAUUGAAAAUUCAGAAUCUAAAAUUGAACCAGUAAAAAUGACUGAAGAAAUAAUAAAUCCUGAAAUUGAAAAGCCAGUUGAAAUUUCUGAACCAGAAGAAAAUAAUUCUAUAAAUCCUCUAGAAGUGGAUAAAGGUUUAGAAUUAUUAAACCAAGCUAUGGAAACUGUAGAAGCUGCUCCAGCUUCUGAACCAACUCCAGAACCAACUCCAGAAAUUAAAUCAUCAGAAAUUCCACCAGAAGAACCAGCUAGUAACAUAAACUUACCAGAAGCACCUGAAGUCCCUCAAGAAGAAUUAAAACCAGUGACUACAAUUGAAGAACCAGUAACUAAUCUAGAAACAAUUGAAGCUUCAGAAGAACCAACAAAGCCAGAUGCCCAAUCUUCAGAACCAGUCUUAGAAGAUCCAGAAAAAAUAGUCAAACUAGUUUCAUCUCCCGGACCAAUGACCGACGAAUUAGAAUCAACAAUUCCCGUAAAAAAGCGUGAGAAGCCCCGAAUAAUCGAGAACGUCCAGUUAAAAGAGCCGAUGCAUAUUUUAAAAUCAAAAUUGCUUGAAAAGCCCAAAGGAAAGCACAAGCUAGAUGACCAUCGCUUAGGAUCCAAAGCUAAGAUAAUAAAACUAGACCCUAGCAUUAAGCGAAGGGGUGGGAUGUCCUACGGGCAGAAGAUCCAAGUUUUAAAAGCAGCUGAUGCAAAUGACAAGUUACAAAUUGGUUCAGUAAAUCAACCAGAGACUGUGGAGACAAUUUCAAUCGCUGAGGGGCAGAAAUUGAUCCAGUCUUCCAAUUUAGAAGACAUGGAGCUUGACAUCAACUCAAUGCCAUUUGUUUUAAGCGAAGAUUUGACUCCGGGCAGCAUUGAGCAGAUGCCCAUGGUAAUUUCUUCGAUAAUGCCGACUAGCUCUGGCUUAAGAGUUGCUGCCCAGUCUUUACCGCGGGCAGCUCCAGCUCUGGCUCCAAUAACUUCUGAUAUUGAGACGAUAACUGUAGACGCUAGUCCUAAGAAGAAAGCUUCUCCUGCUAUUUUAAAGACAAAGCCCAAAGCAAAGCCUACGAUUACAAGCAUAAAGACUCUCUCUUCGCCCGUUGGAGGGAUCAAGAGCCUUAAAUUCCAGAAUACUAAAACCUCUCCGGUGGUCAGCCAGAAGAACACUCCUAGCAAGUAUGUGAUUGUCCAGGCAGGAGUCGGUGGGCAGCAGAUGCGAUAUAUGAUCCAAGGAAAGCCCACGACAAAAGUCGCGAAGGUUGCUGCCCCUCUGGGAAAUAAACCAUCGACUAACCCUCAAAUUGUGUCCCAAGGUGGCAAAGUUGUCAUUCUUACGUCACCACAGUCUGGUCAGGCGAAGAUGGUCCCGUUAAAAAAUUCGUUAAUUAAAGGACAGGUUAAGAUGCCCAAAAUAGACUCGCCUACUACUUCAAAGUCUCCUAAAAUAGUCACGAGUUUGCUGGGCAGCAAGUCUAUUGUCGGGAGUCCCAAGACUAUUUUAAGCCCCAAGCCUGGUCAAGUUUACACUCCGGUUAAUAAAUUAUUAAAUCAAAAAUUCAAGGGUAAUUUACUCCCUGGGACUUCUAAAACAAUUUUACCAAUGCCAGGAAAAAUUACUGGAGUAGUCCCGGGAAAAGGGACGGUGCUGACUCCUAUUACUGGCCAGCAGGUAAAAGCUAUUGCUGCUAAAAGUCCUGGAAAGCCUGGUCCCAAGGUGACUUACCAGCUGCAAAAGGGGCUGCCCAUGGUGGCCAAGAUGCAGAAGAUUCCCAUCAGCCCUGCUGGUUCUCCGGUGAGAAAUUUAAAACCCACGGGCAUUGUGAUGACCCAGAAGACUCCGCUGCCCACUAAGAAGCUCAUCAGGCCUGCUGGACCUCCAGGAACAGGGAUGCCCAUGGGCAGCCCGGUUCAGGGAGUCGACAAGAUUGUAAAGUCGCCUAGAGGGCGAGGAAGGACGAAACCCGAGAUUAAACCCCAGGUUAAGAGUCUCCCAAAGAUUAAAGCUAAAGAAUUCACUGGGCAGCUAGCUCCUGGGCAGCCUGGCCCUUCCAAUUUACAGCCAGUUCCCGGGCUGGUUCCAACAGCAACAGCUGGACCUUCAGUAGCAACAACAGAGAAUCUGGAGGUUCCUGAGCAGAAAGAGGAGAAGGCUGCCCCUCAGAUCAUGGCGCUGCCCACUGAGAGCAGCGACGGGACUCAGACGUAUGUGUUAGUGACCAUUGACGACCAGGGGCAGAUCCAGCCGCUGGAUAAUAAUACUCUUAUGUCUUUGGAGGGAACUAUACAGAACCCUGAUGGUACUAGGACGCUUUAUAUCGAUCCAGCUUCUUUAGGUGAAGGAAAUCUGGACAAUAUUGUCCUCCAGUUUGACAAUUCUGCCCCUACAGUUCCGGGACCUCCAGCUGGAGCUUCUAGCUCUAGUGAUUUUAUUAGACAAGUUCCGACGACGAAUCAGGACAUCCUAGCAGCUGCGCUGGCCAAUACUGACUUCCAGCAAGAGAUUCUGCCCGAGACUACAGUGGCCAGCUUGACUGCCGGGCUGACCGCGACUAGCUUGAUCAACCAGACGAUUUUACAGUCGACUAUUAUACCGACCUCGGAGCCAAUUUCUUCGCCGUCGGUACUAGAGACUUCUUUAACUCUCAAUCAACCGAUUAUGACUCCGCUUGAAGUGCCCACGAGUCUGCCCAUUCAGGUUGAGGCUGUUGCUGCCCACUCUGCUCCUAGCUUAGAGCUGCCUAUUACGAUAACCAAUCCUGCGAUUGCGUAUAUUCAGAGCGAGCUUCCGGGGAAUUCCAUGCCGGAUAUUGAGGAAGUAGAAGCGCCAGUGGCCAGCGCGGCGAAUUAUUUAGUGCUGCCCAGUACAGAGGGCCAGAAUUAUGCGGUUUCGAUGGCGGAGAAUAUUACUAUUGAUAGCACUGCUCCUACUCCCUCGAUGCCCAUUAUUGAUGAUGGGUUUAGUGAUGAGGUUAAGGGGCAGCAAGGGCAGGUGUUUGAAGAAGCUGCCCAGGAACAGACUGGAGAGGUCAGAGAUAUGCCCAUUGUUGCUGAUGAAACUUCUAUGGAGGUUGAUCAUGUGGAGAGUGAGGUUCAGGCGCCAGUUGAAGAGACUCUGGAGAAGAUUCAGGAGGUUCAGGAGGAACAGGUUCCUGAAGCUUGUGGACUUGGGAGUGUUGAACCGACGGUUGAGGAGGCGGUUCAGGAACAGGUUCAGGAGGUUCAAGAGUCUUUGGGUAAUCAAGCUCAGGGAGAGUUUCAGCAGGAUAUUCAGGUCCAAGAAAUUAAUCAACAGAUAAAUAACCAUCCAGAAUCAAGAGAAGAGCCAAUGGAAGUUGAAGAAUCAGAACCUUCCCAAUCCUACGAGCCAUCUUCGGAGAUCCCAACACAGUCCAAGUCUCAGUCAACAGAAGCCUCACCAGUAGCCUACGAAGAGGCGAUGGUCGAGGAGUCUGAGCCACCGACUCAAUCCUACGACGACGUAAAAGCCGAAGCUACGCAGUCUUACAACGCUCCAACGCAGUCCUUUUCCGAGGACCCGGCGAGGAUCGACGACCCGGACUUCCCGACGCAGAGCUACGAAGUAGAGAAGCCGGAAAACGUCGACGGAGACGGCAUCAUCGAGACUGACGGCGAACUGAGCCAAGAAGGCAAUAUUCCCUCCCAGUCGAAUGAUAUUGACGGGAUUGGAACCUCUUUUAUGGGAGACGACAGGAAUUCUUGCAACAUUGCUGGAACGGCCAGCGGAACUGGUGCCAACUUUAACGAGGACGAGACAGCGAGCUCUUCUUACGUUCCCGAGACUCCAGAGACUCAGGAGCGAGACCAGGAUCAAGAGAGCGCUAUUAGCACUUCUUCUUAUGAAAUUCCGACGUGUGAGGAAAUUAACAUCGCUUCCUCUAGUGUCAUUCCUGAUACCAGUGUCGAUGCUGAGCACACGAGCAUUCACAACAACGGAAUUCCCGAGAUCCCGACUUCAAGCUACAAUCUCAACCCUGACAGCAGUUCGGGAGGAAGCAUCGACGCUGUGCCCAGUUCCAGCUACGAGGACAAUCAAGUUGAAGGCGUUGUCGAGCAGAAUGUCUCCACCAGCUACCAAGUCCCUAUUUCCAUGCCAGGCUUGGAAGGGAACGCUGGAUUUGUUAGUGAGAGUACUGAUCAGGCUGAUCAACCUACUAGCUACUAUGCUCGUCAUACUGAGGAUACAUCAGAAGCAACGCAAAGUUACUUCGUACCUGAGGGACCAAGCCCAAGCUACCAGCCUCAAACAGCAUCCCCAAGUUACUACGAGCCCCCUCCAGAGUCGGAAGCGACCCAGAGCUACUACUCGCAAGACCUCGAGCAGCGUACAGCAGACGUGGAGCAAUCGGCGUCGCAAAGUUACUACCAAGAAUCAACGACCUCGUCGUCGUCGGGUUCAACCCUGACCUCGUCCUCGGCAACGACCACCGCGGCAGCGACGACCACCAACGACGAAGAACUGAGGCUCGGACAAGUCGGAGAAGCAACUCCGACUUACUCUACAGAAAGAUACCCGGUUGAUUACAACAUCGACAACUCAUCGCCUAUCGACAGGCACGACUUGGUUGAGAGCUCCGUUUCUGCUACGCCCCAACCUACUGAAAGGUAAUAUAUAAUUUAAAUAAAUUUUAUCUAUCAUUUAAUUAUUAUUAAGGUGGGAAAUAUAUAUUAAUAUUAAUUAAUGUU